AAUAUAGGAGUAUAUAAAUGGCAGACGAAAUAAAACAAAUGCGAGGGAAACAAAAACAAAAAUUUUCUCAGAUGGAAGCUGAAAGCAAUAGUUGCGAGAGAGCAAGAAAGAAGACGCGGCGAGAGAUAAUUGAGAAGAAGAAAGCAAUCGAGAACAGGAUCAAAGCCGCUUCUUCGGUGAAAGAUCAUCUCGAUACUUGUCCGCAUUUUCGCCACUAUCGAGGAAACGGAUUGCAUGCGCAUUUGGAGUCAGGACGUGGCGAUAGGCUCCCUGUUCGGACAAAACAAUACAUACAAAACCUUCUCAAGCUGAACAUGGAGGCACCUUUUGGACCAGAGUGGUCAGAUGAAGAAAAGAUCAAGAGACGUGAUAUGGUUGCACCUGAAGCUCGUUACAUAUUUGUGCAUGAGGUAUCAGAUGAGGAUGCUGAUAAAGCGUUAGAUCUCAGGGAUGUGGAGAGGCCAUGCAAUUGUAAGGGCUCUAUUGUAGGUUUUGUACAUUACCGAUUCACUCUGGAGGAAGAGGUGCCUGUACUUUAUGUUUAUGAAUUACAGCUUGAGCAUCGUGUUCAAGGAAAGGGACUAGGGAAAUUCUUAAUGCAACUAAUUGAGCUAAUUGCUUCUCAGAAUGGAAUGGGUGCUGUGGUUCUAACCGUACAAAGAGCAAAUCCAAUGGCAAUGAACUUUUAUAUAUGUAAACUGAGGUACACAAUUGCUGCAAUUUCUCCCUCAAAAGUAAAUCCGUUGGGACCAGAGAAAAACUAUGAGAUACUUUGUAAGUCAUUAGACAAUGAAGCUCAGGCAGUCUUGGAGGCGCCCCAAGAUACCACAUCCGACGCAUGAGACACCCAGAUUGUUGAUGUACUGGUGUAGCUCGGUUCUUGCCCAUAUGGUAAUAUAUAUUCCUACCAUUUGUUUACUUAUUAUGCAUUUAUAAUCUGUGGCAUU